AUGAACGGCAAUGUCUUGAAUGUAGUCAAUAGUCGCGCUGAUGGCGUCCACAAGAGACCCGUUGGCAGACCAUUGAAGCGAAGGUCAAGCAGAGGAUCGGACACUAAUAGAGCCAAAUGUGAGACGAGUAACGGAUGGAGUCGUGCGAGUAAUACGAGUUCCGGUGACAGGCUCUGGUUCUUAUUCCUCUUGUUCUCACUGUGGUUAAAAGACUACAAAAGCAAACAACUAAACGCUUCCAACAAACAACUCAUCACUUAUUUGCAUGAUAUUUUCCAUAAUUUUGGUCAAAAUGAGUCCAAAUCCAAACAUGUGACCAAUUCUUUGACUAAUGAGUCGACGAUCACAGCAUUCAUCGAAUCCGAGGAAUUAAAGAAUCGGUUUGAGACACAGCUUUCACAGCAAAAUGAUUGCCACGAAUUUCUUUCGACCGAGUAA